AUGGACACAACCAGUGAAACGGCAGCAUACACGAUAUCAUGCUCCCUAUAAUCGCAACUACUAGUAUUCCAAGCAUAUGCAUGGGAGUUUGCUCAAUUUUAGGUAUUGGUGUUUUGUAUGAAACUAGGAAGCAAUACAAGAAAUGGAGUGUGUAUUCUCGAAAAAAGCGUGUAAUUCUAUUCACCAAAUAUCCGAUCCCAGGGGUGACCAAAACUCGUCUUAUACCAACCCUUGGUGAAGUAGGUUCAGCUAGAAUCCAACAAGUGAUGACAGAUCGAAUGUUGGAUGUAUUGAAUGAUUUUCAGAGUGUCCACCCUGAUGUGUGUCUCGAAAUAAAAUACUUUGGUGGUAGUAAAAACGACAUCAAAACCUGGCUGGAUAGAAAACCAACAGGUUUGAUUUGGAGUGAGCAGAAUGGAAACAAUCUUGGUGAAAAGAUGGCGAAUGCUUUCAAAAGCGCUUUCAAACAGGGUGCAGAACAUGUCGUUAUUAUUGGAGCUGAUAUUCCUGGUAUAAACUGCCACAUUUUAAAAGAAGCAUUUGAUAAACUUGAAAAUGAAACUAUAAAAGAUAAAGUUGUGCUAGGACCUUCUUUUGAUGGGGGUUAUUAUUUGAUUGGAAUAGGUCAACACAAUCAAUCCACACUAGAUGCAAUUAUGAGAAAUAUAGUCUGGAGUACUAAGACUGUCUUGGCGCAGCAAAAAAAGAGAGCAAAGCAAGCUGGCUUAUCUGUUGUGAUGUUAUCAAAGGUUUUACAGGAUAUAGACACUGCGAAUGACUUACCAGUAUUAGAAGAGGAGGCUAAUAUUACAGUCACACAAAUAUUGACACCUAAGUUAUCUGUUAUUAUACCAACUUUAAAUGAAGUUGAUAAUAUUGAUAACACAAUAACCACAGCCAUACAGCAUUGUACCUGGCCGGAAUACACGGAACUCAUAGUAUGCGAUGGAGGCAGUCAGGAUGGUACAGUUGAGAAAGUUGAAGAAAUCAUAAAAAACAAUUCAAAGUACUCUAUUAAAAUUGUACAAUGCCCUCGAGGUAGAGGUAAACAACAAAGUGUUGGUGUUGAGGAAAGUACGGGUGACAUACUGUUAUUUUUACAUGCUGAUAUUUUGCUGCCAGACAACUAUUUUGAAACUAUUUUAAUAACGCUUGGUACACCUGGUAUAUCUGGUGGUGCUUUCCGGUUUGAUUUGGAUCAGUUACAUUCAGAGAGCUGUCCAAAGUUUUUCCGAAUGAAAUUAGAAUUACUUAAAUGGGGCGUCAGGACAAGAGGAGACUGGAAUGGUAAGGAGUUCUUGUUAUUUCCUGAAUACUGA